GCUUCCAUAGAAACGAAACUAAAGAUAAACAGUGGAUAGAGACUGAAGUGUAGUGUGACAUUUACUAAAUGUCAAAAGUCUGUAAUCUUAUACUUUUUCUUUUAUUCUCUGACAUCUUUUUUCCAUGGAUUUGAAAUAAAAGAUUUGUUUUAGAUAAAUGGUAUUCAAAUUCUGUAAUUCUAAUUUCUGAAGAUCGAAAAUGAAAUGACUUUCUCAUUUUCUAAGAAAUUUCAUUCUAAAGUAGAAAUUCCGUUUGAUUUUUCACAAUUAUCUAUUUUCAAGUUUCAUUCGAUCAACUUUGAGAAUGAGUUCAGCUAGUAUAGCGAGACAAAAUCGGAGAAAACGCCAGCGACAACUUCCACCUUUACCUAGUACAGAGAAUACACGGUCCAAUGAAAUAUCAUCAAGUAGCUCUAAUCCACCUGGAAGCCAUAUGGGACUAUAUGAAAAUACUUUAAGUAUCAAAUCUGAUCAAACUGAUCAAGAUGCAAAUGUAAUUGACCCAGAAAGCAAAAUAAAUCACUCUGAUCUUAAUGGAUCCUAUUCUGAUACAACUGGUUGUAGUUUUAUAAAAUGUGAUGUAUCAAGCCGACCAAUAGGAAAAGUUUUUAUUGAGGAUGAAAGAGGCUUUAAAGCAAUUGAUGCUAAUAAUUUAUUUCAAACAUUUAAUAAUGACAAUUCACAAGAAACAAAGAUUGAAUCUGCUAUCGACUUAGCCUACAAAGCUGAAAGAUGUUUUCAUAAUUUCAGUUUUCUGUGCCAUGGACUUUUAGGAGGCAUGUCAUUCUUGGAAACUUUAUUUUUGAUUCAUCUUAUUUCUACAUCAUUUGAACAAGAGGAGACUUUGAAACAUUUCAAAUUUUUGUCCCAACCUGUUCAUAAUUUAUUUAAUUUCCUUUGUAUAAUCUGUUGUGUAUCUGUUUUUGAUAGGUACGACAUUGGAAACUUGAAGCAGUUCAUAAAUUAUCUUAAGAAAUGCAAACUAAAGUGCAUUGUGAUCAUCAUAUACCCUAUAUGCCUACUGUUGAGUUUCAGCACAGCUAAUGUGGAUGAGAAAUUAUGCCUACCAGAUAGGAAUUCAACUAUUUUAGAGUCAUUUAAGUUUGAUGAUGCUGAAAAUGAACUAUUUUACUGGAAAACAUUAAGCAUAUCAAAAUGUGCUUGUGCAUUUUUGGCUUGGAUUAUUGUAUCACUGGAACCAAAUCAUAAUUCAUUUUUACAUCAUUUAAAGAAUGUUCUACAGAGAAAUCAAAUAAAUUCUGAAUAA